UAAAUCAUUUAAUCAUUUCCAUUUCUUCAAUACAAAAUUUAUAUAAUAUUAGAAAAUCAUGACAACGAAAACUCAGGGCGGAAUCAGGAUUUGCAUAGAUAGAGGAGGAACUUUUACGGAUUGUAUUGGAAGUAUUCCUGUUCCAAUAUCAGAAGAAUAUCCAACAGGUCGAAAAGAAAUAGUAGUUAAAUUAUUAAGCGUAGAUCCUCAAAAUUAUCCUGAUGCUCCUCGAGAAGGUAUUAGAAGAAUUUUGGAAAUAGCUUCUGGAAAAUCUUUUCCUAAGGAUAAACCCGUAGAAACUUCGCUAAUUGAAUCUAUUCGUAUGGGAACAACAGUUGCUACAAAUGCACUUUUGGAAAGAAAAGGAGAAAGAUGUGCACUUUUAAUUACCAAAGGAUUUAAGGAUCUCUUAUUGAUUGGCAAUCAAACUCGCCCAAAAAUCUUUGAUCUUGCUAUUCGUAAACCCGAUGUUCUAUAUCAACGUGUUGUUGAGGUUGAUGAACGAGUCUCCCUGGUUUCUGAAGGAUUAAAUUCUUCAAAAGAUAUAUUCCAAGGAGUUUCUGGAGAAUACGUAAAGAUAUUCAAAAAGCCAGACUUAGAAAAAGUCAAAGAAGAUUUACAAUCUUUAUAUGAUGAUGAUUUUAGAAGCGUUGCGAUUUGUCUGUUGCAUUCAUACACUUAUCCAGAACAUGAACGUUUGUUGGGAGAAAUUGCAACAUCUAUAGGAUUCACGCAUAUUUCAUUAUCAUCUUCCAUAAUGCCAAUGAUUAAAAUUGUUCCUCGUGGAACCUCUUCUACAGCUGACGCGUAUUUAACACCUUGUAUUCGGAAAUAUAUUGAUGGGUUUGUUUCUGGAUUUGAUGAAAAUUUAACGAAAAAUGCCAGAUUGGAAUUUAUGCAGAGUGAUGGUGGUCUUGUACCAGUUAAUAAAUUUUCCGGUUUUAGAGCAAUAUUAUCAGGUCCUGCUGCCGGGGUUGUUGGUUAUGCCUUAACUUCAUACAACGAAAAUGAAAAAAUCCCAGUUAUUGGAUUUGAUAUGGGAGGAACAAGCACAGAUGUGUCUCGAUAUGAUGGUCAUUACGAGCAUGUAUUUGAAACAACAACUGCAGGUGUAACAAUUCAGGCUCCUCAGCUGGAUAUCAAUACGGUUGCUGCUGGCGGUGGUUCGCGUCUAUUUUUUCGCAAUGGAAUGUUUGUUGUUGGUCCAGAGAGUGCUGGCGCACAUCCCGGACCCACAUGCUAUAGAAAAAAAGGACCUUUAACUGUUACUGACGCAAAUCUUAUCCUUGGUCGACUUGUCCCGGAUUAUUUUCCCAAAAUCUUUGGACCAGAUGAAAACCAACCAUUGGAUUUAGAAGGAACAACUCAAAAGUUUCAAGAAAUGUCAAAAGAGAUUAAUGAAUUUAUUAAAAGUGAUAAGGAAAUGAGCUUGGAUGAGAUCGCAUUUGGAUUUAUAAAAGUUGCAAAUGAAACUAUGUGUCGACCAAUACGCGCUUUGACUGAAGCUAAAGGCUAUGAUACAUCCAUGCAUAUUCUUGCAUGUUUCGGUGGAGCUGGUGGACAACAUGCAUGCGCGAUAGCUCAAAAUUUGGGCAUUCGAAAGAUCUUGAUUCAUCGUUAUAGCUCAGUUUUGUCCGCAUAUGGUUUGUCGUUAGCAGAUGCUGUUUAUGAAGUACAAGAACCAAGUGCCGAAAUUUAUUCUGAUAAGUCACUACCAAAAAUAAAAGAAAGAAUUCACGCCCUGUGUGAAGCAUGUACAAUAGAGCUUAAAUCACAAGGAUUCAAAGAUGAAUCGCUUAUUAAACAUGAAAUCUACCUAAAUUUGCGUUAUCAGGGGACUGAUUUCGCUUUUAUGACCCUGAAACCAAAAGAUUCUUGGGAUUUUUCAGGAGCUUUUGUUAGUCAAUAUCAACAAGAAUUUGGGUUCACGCUACCAGAUCGAGAAAUUUUUGUGGAUGAUAUUAGGAUUCGUGGAAUAGGUGGGGAUGCUAGUAUCACACGGCAUGACGAGAAGAUCGAUCAAAAGUUAGUGAAUCCUUCUCAAUGUAAAGAGAAAAUUUCUGUUUAUUUUGAAGGUGGAAGACUUGAAACUCCAAUAUAUCUUUUGGAGCAUCUUAAAGUCGGAGAUAAAGUUCCUGGUCCCGCCAUGAUUAUAGACGCGAAUUCUACAAUUAUUGUAACUCCAGGAUGUAAUGCGUUGGUUACUUCUUCGUAUAUAAUGAUUACUGUUGGAAGUGAUGUAAAGUCAAAGGUCACAACUGAAUUAGAUCCCAUUCAACUUGCAAUAUUUGGACAUCGAUUUAUGAGUAUUGCAGAACAAAUGGGAAACACUUUACAGAAAACUUCUAUUUCUACAAACAUAAAAGAGAGGUUAGAUUUUUCUUGUGCGCUUUUCGGAGCUGAUGGUGGUUUAGUUGCCAAUGCACCACACAUUCCUGUGCAUCUUGGUAGUUUAAGUCAUGCCGUGAAAUAUCAAAUGGACUAUUACAAGGAUAAGUUAGAAGAUGGCGAUGUAAUUUUAACUAACCAUCCACAGGCUGGCGGUUCACAUUUACCAGAUAUUACUGUGAUUACGCCCGUAUUCAAUGAAGGAAAAAUUGUGUUUUUUGUUGCGUCUAGAGGACAUCACGCAGAUAUUGGUGGAAUUUUACCUGGUUCUAUGCCGCCGAAUUCGAAAGAAUUAUACCAAGAAGGAGCUGCAGUCAAAUCAUUUAAGCUUGUUUCUAAGGGCAGGUUUGAUAAUGACGGUAUAGUGGACAUCCUUUUAAAUCAGCCUGCCAAAUAUCCCGGAUGUAGUGGCACAAGAUGUUUGCGUGACAAUAUUUCUGAUCUUAAAGCUCAGGUGGCCGCUAAUCAUAAAGGCAUAAAACUUGUUAAAGCUCUCAUUCAAGAGUACGGACUAGAUGUUGUUCAAGCUUAUAUGAUGCACAUAAGAUAUAAUGCUGAAUUGUCUGUGAGAGAAUUAUUAAAAGAUGUGAGUAGUCGAAUGGACUCUAAUAUAUUAAAAGCUGUUGAUUAUAUGGAUGAUGGAAGUCCAAUUCAGUUAAAAAUUACGAUUAAUGAAAAAGAGGGAACAGCAGAAUUUGACUUUCAAGGCACCGGGCCAGAAGUUUAUGGAAAUACAAACGCUCCACCUUCUAUCACAUAUAGUGCAAUUAUUUAUUGUCUUCGUUCCCUUAUUGUAAAUGAAAUACCUUUAAACCAAGGAUGCCUUUCUCCCAUCGAUAUCAAGAUUCCAGAAAGAUCACUUUUAAACCCAUCUGAUAAAGCCGCUGUUGUUGGUGGCAAUGUACUGACUUCACAACGUCUUGUUGAUGUUAUUCUGAAAGCAUUCCAAGCAUGUGCAGCUAGUCAAGGUGAUUGUAAUAAUCUUACCUUCGGUAAAGGCGGAAAAACUGACGAUGGGACAAAAGUUGAAGAAGGAUGGGGUUAUUAUGAAACAAUUGCAGGAGGUAGUGGGGCUGGGGCCACCUGGAAUGGCCAAAGCGGCGUUCAUGUACAUAUGACAAAUACAAGAAUUACAGAUCCAGAAAUACUUGAAAGAAGAUAUGAUCAUUCAAUACUAUUACGAGAAUUUUCACUUCGAAAAGGUUCUGGAGGUGCAGGACUUCAUAAAGGAGGAGAUGGAGUAAUACGUGAGCUUGAAUUUCGUGAACCACUUCAAGUGAGUAUACUUUCAGAAAGACGUGUUCACCAUCCUUAUGGAUUAAAAGGCGGUAAAGACGGUUCAACAGGACUUAAUUUAUGGAUUCGCAAAGAUGAAAAUAGUGAUAAAGUACGUACCAUUAAUUUAGGAAGUAAAAAUACUAUUAAAGUAAACAUAGGUGAUCGUAUUGUCAUUUGUACACCCGGUGGUGGAGGAUGGGGUACACCAACCUCUAACGAAGAUCAAGUUGACGAAGCUGUUUCGAGAUACUUGUGAAUUAUAGUAUUUAUUUUAAAUAUUGACUGUUAGCUUAUAAUUCUCUUUUAAUUUAUUAAUAAAUUAACAAGAAUUUUUUAAUAGUAAUGAAUCGUUGAAUCAAUAAAUUAGUAG